AUGGUGACAUAUGAUGCAUUCCAGGACUUCGUGUUUGGGUUUGGCAGUCCCGGUGCGUUGGAUAGGAUGAAUUUGAUUUGGUUUGAUUGUUGUAUUGUGGAUGGAAUAGUGGCAUUCACCGUGCAGGCGUAUUUCGCGUAUAGGAUCCAUUUGUUGUCAAAGUCAAAAUAUAUUGCUGGGUUUAUCUUAUUCAUGGGACUAGCACAAGUAUCCGGAGCCAUCGCAACCGGAGUGAUAGCAAAGUCGGUCGGCGCGUUCUCUAAAAUCCGAGAGCCUUGCUUUAUUCCCGCUUUGUUUUGGCUGGGCGGAAGUGCAGCAUGCGAUCUGACGAUAGCAAUAGCCAUGACCUAUGUGCUUUCUCGGUUCAAUAACGUCUUCAACGAAACGCGGGAUUUGAUAAAGCGUAUCAUACGACUCACGAUGGAGACUGGUAGCCUGACUGCCGCAUUUGCUACCAUCGACCUAAUUCUCUUCCUCGCCUUCCCAACGCAAGACUACCACAUCACUCCCGCCCUAGCUCUCGCCAAGGUCUAUUCAAACUCCCUCCUUGUCGUGUUCAACAGCCGAGUACGAAUACAAGGUGGACGUGGCACCAAAGAGGGAUCGAGAGGAACCAUCACCAUCGGAAAUAGUAAUAGUCUCAGUUUCUUUUCGGCUCGGGACGGUACAAGUACGGGGAUGAGUGUAAGGUAUGAUAUCGAAGAGUCGGUGUGCGCUGACCCUAUUCCCUUGACCAAUAUCAAUCCGGCCAAAAGUCAAUCCAAUGACUCUCCUAGAGUUAUGGAUGGGAAACACCACGAUAUUUUGCCCGAUAUGGUUGAAGACGAAGUGGAUACCAGACAAUGA